AUGUCUCCGGCGGCUGCGGCGGCUGGAGAAGGCCAGCGGUGGCGGUCGCCCAUAGAGAGCACCCAGGACUGCAGGGACCCGGCUCGAGCCUGCAGCCGGCCAGAGGGGAUGGCUCUGCGCGUCCUGGCGCUGCUCGGCCUCGUGCUGUACCUGGCGCCCGCUAGGCCGUUGGUGGCCUGGUUGGCGGUUGGGGCUACCACGGCCUGGUGGGGACUGAACCGCGAGCGACGCCCGCGCGCCUUGCAGUUGCUGGCUCGCCGCAGUUCGCGGAGGCAACGGACACUGCUCCUCUCGCCUUCGGCCAAGUCGGCAGUAAAGCGAAACCUCCAAGAGCCUCGGACCCUGCUCGAAAGACUUAACCCCACCGAACUGCUCCUCAUGGGCUGCUACCUGGGUAAGCCCGGCCCCCCGCAGCUUGCCACCGCGCAGGAGGGCCGGGACCUGCUGGAGCGGCCCGCCCGCUCCUCACCGCCUGCUCCCGCGGCCCAGCGCAUCCAGCGUGAGCAUGGUUACCCCUCUCUCCCCACCCCCUUCCACCGACCCUCCAGGAGGCCUGCGCACAGGGAUUGUGGGACUUUAUCCAAUCCCUUUAUAAUAGCCCCUCGAAGAUACUAUCCAAUUCAGCAGGCCCAAUAUUCCUUGCUGGGGGUACUGCCCACCGUGUGCUGGAAUGGUUGUCAAAAGAAAGCUGUUCUCUCUGCUCGGAACUCAAAGAUGGUGUGUAGCCCUGCGACUGUGAGGAUUGCCCCUCCGGACAGCAAGCUAACUCGUUGUCCAAUACCAGAGCGGUUAAUCAACUCAUCACUGCCCUCACCAUCGAGCAAUGUUCCAGAGCCAUGUGCAAAGGAGGCAGUACUGAAUGCUCUCAAAGAGGGGAAGAAAAGGACUUUAGAGAAAGAAGACCAAGUAUUUGUUGAUGGCCAGGAGAAUAAGAGAAGUCGCCAUGAUAGCAGGAGUGGACAUUCACCAUUUGUGCCCCUAGUGGCCAAUGGAGUCCCUGCUUCUUUUGUGCCUAACCCUGGGUCUCUGAAAAGAGGUCUCACUUCUCAGAGCUCAGAGGACCACUUGAGUAAGCGAGCACGCACCUCUUCUGUGAGUUCCCUGACAAGCACGCGCACAGGUGGCAUCCGUAGCUCCAACCGCAAUGCGAUUACCAGUUCUUACAGUUCAACCCGAGGCAUCUCUCGGCAGCAGCUGUGGAAGAGGAGUGGUUCCAUUUCAUCCCCCUUCUCUAGCCCAGCUUCCUCCCGCUCCGAGACACCGGAGAGGCCAGCCAAGAAAAUCAGAAAAGAGGAGCCAUGUCAGCAUUCCAGUUCCUCGACUCGGACUCCGCUGGUGUCUAACAGGGAGUCUCAGGGAGAGAGGGUUGCGGACACUCCGAAGCAGCAGAACUCCGGGGCUUCACCAUCUACACCUGGCAGCUCCAGACAGCGGAAACGGAAGAUCCCAUUGCUGCCCUCCAGGCGAAGGGACCAACUGACCUUGCCUUCACCACCUCAGCUUGGUUAUUCCAUCACUGCUGAGGACUUUGACCUGGAGAAGAAAGCUUCGCUCCAGUGGAUCAACAAGGUCUUAGAGGACAAGACUGUUGUUCCUCCAAACAGUGAGAACCCACCAACUACUGAGCCUUCUUUCACUUUCACUCUGCCUGUUGUGGGUGCCACUUCUUCAGCAGUCUCCUGGCCAGACACAGGCACCAGCCCAUCAUUAGAGAACCUGAAGAAGACACAGAGUCUCCCAGGUCCAUCACUCCCAGAAUCUUCACCUCUGAAGACACCCGACCUUCAGGCCUCUCUUGGCUCUUUACCACCAGGGCCCCUGCCAGGUACCUCUUCAGACUCAAAAUCCACAACCACUUCUGUGGAGCUGGUCCCUGCUUCCUCCACAGCACCGGUCACUGACACCAAGUUACCUUCAGCCCCUCAGGCUGACACGUCUACCAAAGCCCCAGGCCCGCUUACCCCCUCCCCCACCCCCAUGCAAGGUGUGUUAUUUGGCAUGUCAGGCAGCGAGACCUCUGACCCUUCCUCCCCAGCUGCCCCAGCCAUGUCUUCCGCGUCUCCUACAUUCAAGCCCAUUUUUGUGAUGGCAUCUAACAGCAAGAGUGAAGUUUCCUUGCCAUCCAACCUCUCCACCACAGCCUCCACCUUCCCCACAAUGACCAGCACUGCUACCUCAACUUUUAAGUCCAUCUUUGGUGACCUAAGGCCACCUGUAGCUGUGCCCUUGCCUGCUCCCUUUUCCUGUAAGCCAACAACUACUGUGACUGCUGCUGCAGCCCCAGCUGCCCCUCUGUUUGCUGACCUGGCCUCUGCCACCUCUGCUGUGGCUCCCACCACCACCGCCAGUGUGUCCACAGACUCUGCUUCCCAACAUGCUUUUUGCUUUGGGGUCAACAGUGUGGCCAGUACUGGGAGCAGCACAACUAGCAGCAUGAUUUCUGCUUCACUGCCCUUCCCAUUUGGGGGGGCUCCUGGUUCUGCUGCCAGCUUUUCCAGGGCCAUGGGCUCUGAAUUCCAGUUUGGCAAGCCCCUCACCAUGCAGACAUCCACAGUGGCCACCACCUUUGGCCAGUCCCUGCCUGGUGCUGUUCAGACAGCCACCAGCAAAAGCAGCAGCAGCAACAGCAGCAGCAGCAGCAGCAGCAGCAGCACUGCUGGCUUCAGUGGCUUCAGCACCUCCCUUACAACCUCAGCUCCUGCCACCACCUGCCAGCCCACACUGACUUUCAGUAACAGGAUCACCCCUGCAUUCAAUAUUCCCUUUGGCUCAAGUGCCAACCCCUCCCUCCCAGCAUACUCAGCAGCCAUCUCCCAGCCCAAAUUUGGGGCUGCCAAUGGGCAGCAGCAGGGGUCCACCAGGAAAACCCCUACCCCAAAUCUUGGCAGCCCUUUCACUUCUGGGAACUCAGGGGCCCCUGCCCCAUCUGCAGCGCCAGCACCAGCGCCAGCCCAGCCAGCCUCUGGCAACUCAGGGCAGUCAGUUUUUGGUUUGAAAACCAUAGCCUCAACCUUCAGAGCCCCUGCCAGCACACUGAAAGCCUUUGGUGCAGCUACCACCUCUGGCUUCAGAGGUAUCACCCAGACCACCAUCAAUGGGCCCAGUAGCUCAGUGUUUGGCAACUCAACUCGGUCCCCUUUCAUGUUUGGGGGAUCUGCAGCCCCAGCUGUCAGUGGGGGCUUUGGGCUUGGUGUGGCUGCCCCAGACACCAGCUCCACCUCUAGGGCAUUCGGUUGUGGAGCUGGACAGAGUGGUACCACAGGUACCACCACCCCCAUUCGGGGGGACUUAAACCAGAAUGCCCUGGGAACACCCUUUGCCUUCAACAUGGCCGGCACAUCUGAGAUCAAACCUGUGUUUGGAGGCACCUCCACAACUACGUUUGGGAAGAACACCCCAACCACCCGAAUGGGCACAGCCGGCAGCAGCCUCUCCUUUGGGGUGUCCUCGACACCCACUCAAGGCUUCAUUGGAGUCGGGUCUUUCGGAUCAGCAGCCCCUUCAUUUUCCAUUGGUUCAGGAACCAAGACCCCAGGGGCUAGACCGAGACUGCAGGCCCGAAGGCAGCACACUCGUAAGAAAUAG